CGAGUUUCGGCCAGCAAAUGCGUUUCACCUUUCAUAUCGCCAUUAAGUGUCUCCUCUCACCCAGAAGACUCCCUCUCCAGUGAAGAUGGCUGUAAUGAAGUUUUUGGUUUACUUUACGUGCUUCUUUUUGUCUCAGGGUUUAGUUUUUGGUGAUGACUAUGGUGAAAUUGGAAACGAGAUCACACUUACUCCAAGCAUCCGUGGGAAGCCGGAAGAAAUACUGUGGACACUUAAUGGAAACAAGGUUCUAGAAUACGAUGGGAGUGAGGUGACGAAAUACGGCUCAUUUAAAGACCGCGUGGAAGUUGAUUUUGAAACGGGACAGCUCACAAUAAGAAAACUAAACAGCCAAGACAGUGGCAGAUAUCGGUCUGAAAUUUGGAUCAAUAAAAAGGCUCAAGUCUCCAGUCAAAAUUUGAUAGUUUUGGACGCCCUGCCAGAGCCCCGGGUGACCUGUGAAAUGGAUGAGACUACAAACGUUAAAACCCUGUCCUGUUCGGUGAAAUCUCAGACUCAGCCAAGCUAUGAAUGGAUUGGACCUGAUGUGAAACAGACGGGACCAACACUUCUCGUUAACGAACAGGAGGAAAACAGUAACCCAAUCUAUAGCUGCACCGUGAAGAAUAAAGCUGGAAGCAGGACCACCGACUUUGAUCUGAAAGACUGCCACACAGGUGGAGUAAACCUUGCUGUGCUUGUUCCAGUCUUAAUAGUUAUACUUCUCGUUAUUUUGCUUGCUUUGCUGGCGCUGUACCUCUACAGGCGUAGAAAACAAAAGUUAGGGAAGUCUGAAUUGAAAAAAAUGGACCUCGAAAACGGUGAAUGUGAUACACUGUUGAGAAAUGGAGUCCCGAUGGAGGCUAUGCCAGGUUCACUUGAAGCCACACUCCCUUGUCGUACCAGACUUACCGCUCCAAAAGAGUCUAUUGCUGAUAAAAAUUGGGAUCAGGACAGUGAAUCGGAGGAUGCAGGAGAAACUCGUGAAGAAGAAAAACCUUUGAAGGAAAGUCUGCAAUUUGCUAUAACAGAAAUAAACAAAGAGACCGAAGGAGAAUUAGAAAUAAAUCAGAAAAACUGUGAAAAUGCAGAUGAAGCAGAAGAAAAAGCUAACAGCAAAGCUGAUGAAAGAGAGGCAGAGAACCAGAAAUCCUUACAAACCCAAGAAGACAUGGAGAAAAGUCAAAUGAAAAAUGAGAGCGAAGAUGGAGAGGAGUCACCUGAGGAGCAGAUUGAGACCCAAGAAGAACAGGACUCUAAAGACACGGAUACAAAAGAGGAAGACCAGUCAACAGACGAGAAAAAAGAGCAGGAAGAAGAAAAUGAAGGGAUGGAUAGCUACAACGCAGUGGACACAGGAGAUGCAGCAGAACAACUCCACAAAACUGAGAAGAGCAGCCAGAAUGAAAAAGAUGAUGAGCAGAACAAGAGCCCAUGUUCAUCUGUUGAUGACCAGAAGACAGAAAGAGAAAAGGAGGAAAACCACGAGGGGACAGGAAGAAUACACACAGCUGCUUCUUGUAAUCCACCUUUGCUUGGUGAAGCUCCCAGUGAUCCUGUGGAUUCACCUUCUAAGCUGGACAUCAGUGUCCCAUCUUCAAACCCGAAUAUGGAAUUAGAAAAUAAACAAGCUGCAUUUUUCCAUCAAGAGGACGAUGAAGAUGAAGAACAGACGGACAAGAGCAGUGACUAAGAACAAGCAUGAAGGACAAAAAUGAUGUUCCAGAAAUUAAAGAAACGAAAAAUAAGCUUUUAAUAGAUUGUGACGUAAAGAGCACUGACCCAGACAACACAAAAAAUGACACGUCCCCCAUAGGCCAAGAAAAAAGAAACGGAGACCAACAGCUUCUCAAAACACGAAAUGAAGGAAAUCAGAGAACAGGGUUUUAAUAAAUAAUGCUGUACAGAACGUGAUGAUAAAGUUUACAGCGGGGAAGAUGGAAAGGGCUCCGUUUUAUCAGCUGUUAAAGAGGAAGAGAAAAUCUGAAGAGACAGAAAACACUCGAGUGGCAAAGUGUGUGCUUGAACAAAGUGUGGAGAAGUAAUAUUCAUACAAAUAGUGCUGUAAGCUUACUAUGUAGAACCAUGAAUGCAGUACAGUUUAUUUUACAUGAUUGUGCUGAAACUUACUUUUUUCUGUGUGUCUGUAAAUAUGCGUAAGUAGCACAUUAAGCACUUGUAUAUGCAUGCAUCAGACAGGCAGCUCGCUGUGUUUUGGAACAGUGUCACAAAACGGUGAAAUGAAAACGAGAAGGCCAACAGAAAUAUAAUAGAAGUAGAGGAUGCUGAACAAAUGAUGAAGAUGACAAUGUGUGAGAAUACAUCUUAAUAUAAUUUUAUGCUAAAACUGUUGUAUGUACCAAUGGAUUGUUUAUAAUCAUGGUAAUUAUUUAGCUAAGUCAUGAUUUAUUUUAUUUUUUGAAGGGCUAACAAUUUAUCUGUGCCAUGAUUAAAAUUUUACGCUACUAAUUUAACCUUUGUUUUAGUACAUUGAUUUGUUGCCGGAUUGCUAAUAUUUAUUUAGUUAUUUUCAGUCGUUAUAUAUGUCCAGAUGCCUAUAAAUUGAGAUGUUUCCAACGCUAUUUUUUAUGUAUGUGUUCAUGUUUAUUUUGUGUAAAGUUUGGAACGACACAAGGUGAUUAAAUGACGACUUAUUGUU